AUGCCUUUCAACAUCGUACUACUAAAAAAACGUAGUGGAACUUCAUUCUUCGGAAAACAUCGUAUUCGAGAAAUUUUAUUUCUUGCAUAUUAUUGGAUUUGGCCUUUCUACGUGCGUUGUUGAGUCUCAAAUGCUAAAUCAGACGUCCUCCGACCCCAUGAGCGCUGCGUUGUGUUUCAAGCGAAGACAUCAUUUUCCUCUACCCUCACUCGUCAUAGAGUUUAUUGCUACACGUUUCCUUUGUCGAACUAGAACUAGAAGGCCAGAAGAGAUUUAUCACACAUUUCCUAGUUUCCCUUCUAGCGGAGAUCAAGCCAUGUCCUCCCUUCCCAGCGACGUGUGCUGGUUUUGCCAGAAGAAGAUUCCGCUGCUCGCGCAGGCCCAGAAGUGCCGUUGCGGCGGCGUGUUUUGUAUCAAAUGUAAAAAUGUCUGGGUCUGGAAACUUGUGAUGCUGGGUGGCGUCUCAUGAUGAGGCCACAAAUGCUGGCUCAGCAUGACAAGUUUCUGAGCUUCUAGGUGUUGCCUAUUCUGCAUGACAAACUGCGUCUCUGCAUCACAGAAAAAUGGAGCUCUUGGGUAACGUGCAUGACAGAUUUAAGAGUCACGCCAGACAAGCAUGACAAACAUGCAUUCUUCCAGACCCAGACAUUUUUGCACUUGAUAUUUUGCGACAAGCACCGGGCUGCGGAGAAGCACGAGUGCAAGUUUGACUACAAAGUAUCCCAAGAAGAAACUGUUUCACUGUGAUGAUUUUGCAAGAUCUGCAUCACAAGUUUGUUACACAUGACACUGAAAAUUUGUUAUGUGUGCUUCCCAAGGGAAAAGACGCUUGAAAAUCCAAUGUCUUCCAGGUGUAGCAAGACAAAUAGUUCUGCGUUCCAUUUUCUGCAUCACAAGUUCGCAGUGAAACAGCUUUUUCUUGCGAUACAAAGGCGAGCAGGCCUAUAAUCUGCGCACGCAGAACCCGCAGGUGUACCGGGCGGCGACGAAGUAUGGGAGUGUCAGGAUUGAAAUCGUCAAAGGUGAAAUGGUUUGUCACGUAUAAAAGCGAUACCAGUCGCAAGCCCACUUGUCAAGCGGCGCAUGACAAAUUUUCCGAGCACCGGAAUCCAAUUCGUCGCGCUGUUUGGGCACAGAGGUGGACUGCUGUUGUCCUGCUACUUUCGCAGCUCUAUUUCAAACCCUAAACAGGCUCACAAUGGAGGGCCUCACUUGCCAUCCCGGCAAGACAGGCACUUCGUGCCUUGCAUCUUAUACAUGACAAAUCAUUUCAGUUUUGUCGACUUCAAGCCUGGCGCUUCCAUACGAAGGUGUUCAAUGCCGCGGAAUGGAACCGGGAGUACUUCAAGCACCACCCGCCACGAUCCGUGUACGGGGCCUUUCACACCAUCGGGUUUCUCACGUUUUGCUAUUUUCUUUUAGUCCGCGGGAUCACCUACAAUCUCCUCUUCGCCACGCCCGCGUCCGAACUCUUCCCCGACCCGCUCUCCUGGGGCCCCACCGCAUCUAGUACAUCCUCGGCAAACGCGUCAGGAGUUGUGCCUGCGAAUAAAGUGGACCUGAACAACCCGGACACAUUCGAAGACCUGUUUGAAGAGGCGCCGAAUAAACAGGCGAAGAACAAGAAGAAGCCGCCUGCGCCCCUGCUGGUUUUAUUCCGGGAACUGGUCUACGGAAUCGUGUUUGGCUACCUCUUGGCGCACACCGCCCCGCACUUGUGGGAGCGAUUUGUGGACCGGAAGCCGGUCCCGAGCCACCCGCUGUGUGGGGGAAAGUGCAGGUUUUGCUUUUUCAGUUGGGACGUUUUUACCAGCCCAAAAUUGGCCGCGGGCGCGGAAUACGAAAUGUUGAAGGAUCUGGUGCUGUUUUACGUGAUCACACAGGGAAAGACAAAUUGUUUGUCCUACCUCUACACCGCGCCGGAUCGGUCUACGGGGACCAUCUACACGACCGUGAAAAACAAACUGACUGAGCUGUCGAACAGGCGCUGAGCUGCUCAUUUUUGUGAUUUCGGAUUGGCAUGCAGUUGUGCUAUUUCUUCUUCUUCACGCUGAAGUUGUUGUCAAAGAAGUGCUAAUAUUUUUCGCAUCGACUUCAUACGCGAAUAACGCGAGGGCAACCGAUAUAAUCUGUGAACUACUUGACCUCCUGGAGACUAGUUGUGCUCUUCACGAUAGUUGUUCCCCCCUCGCAGGCAAAGGUAAGUGAAGCUUUGCGUGCGUCGGGUU